AUGAAGAAACAGAACCAAAGUAUAAUCACCGAGUUCAUCCUUAUAGGAUUCUCAACCCUGGGGGAUCUACAGAUCCUUCUUUUCUUUAUCUUCCUGCUGGUCUACCUGACCACUUUGAUGGCCAAUACCACCAUCAUGACUGUCAUUCGUCUAGACCGGACAUUGCACACCCCCAUGUACUUCUUCCUCUUUGUUCUUUCCUGUUCUGAAACCUGCUAUACCUUAGUCAUUGUACCCAAAAUGCUGACCAACCUGCUUUCCACAAAUCCAGCUAUUUCUUUUUACGGGUGUGCUACCCAGCUGUAUUUUUUUGUGGGUUUGGCUUGUACCAACUGUUUUCUCAUUGCGGUGAUGGGCUAUGAUCGGUAUGUUGCCAUCUGCAACCCUCUCAACUACACUCUCAUUGUCAGCAGAGCCACCUGCGUGCAGUUGGUUCUAGCCUCAAGUAUCUGUGGUUUCCUGAUCUCUGUGGUUGUCAAUGUCCUGGUGUUCAGUGUGCCCUUCUGUGCCUCUAAUAGGGUCAACCACUUUUUUUGUGACAUCUCCCCUGUCAUCAAAUUGGGCUGUACAGAUACCAAUCUGAAGGAGAUGGUCAUCUUCUUCCUCAGCAUUCUGGUUCUACUGGUUCCCUUUGUGCUCAUAUUCAUCUCCUAUAUCUUCAUAGUUUCCACCAUACUCAAGAUAUCCUCAGUGGAGGGGCAAAGGAAGGCUUUUGCCACCUGUGCCUCCCACCUCACAGUGGUCAUUGUCCACUAUGGUUGUGCCUCCUUUAUCUACUUACGGCCCACAUCCCUGUACUCCUCAGACAAGGAUCGGCUGGUAGCAGUGACCUACACUGUAAUUACCCCACUUCUCAAUCCCCUUGUUUACACACUGAGAAAUAAAGAAGUAAAGACAGCUCUGAGGAAGGUCCUAAAUAGAUACCCAUUUCCCAAAACUGUGUAA